CAUUCGAUUUUUCGCAAAUAAAAAUAAACUCUGUUUUGACAAAACCAAACAAACUCGUUCCACUUUCGGAAAUUUGAAAAUUCAAAAACAGUUUUGCUUUUCGAACGUUCUGUGCGACGCAACAUGGAGGUUUUACAUUGUAGAUAGAGACAGUGUUGACAGAUCGGUGGCAAUCAGUUAAGAUGAGCGAUUGCAGUUUUUUAUUAGGAACUCCUGGACGUUGAUCGAGUGCGUUAUCUAUGCUGUGUAGGCUGAUAAGCUAAGUAAAGAAAGUGGACACAAUUCAAGGAAAACACUGGCUGGUUUUGGCAACAGGACAGGAGUGUGUUUAAAAAUACAUUGAUCACCACAGAGGUCGAGGACAUGGCAAACAAAAAGAUGACGCUCUUCAACCAAAUGCUCCCGAACGAAAAGUAAUACCAAGAACAUGUAUCACCAAUUGAAUUUAUGAAAGCUAACAUGGACAAAAACAAGAAAAAAAUCCAUGUCAACGGCAAGUACAAGAAAAAUGGGAAGAGCGACUACAAAUUGGAUGACGAAGUCAUAACCACUUGCUGCUUGUGCGUCAAAACUAAAAAGAGCAAAAAGAAAACUAUCAUAGCGGGAUGUGUCACCAAUCUGGGCAUAUUCGUUCUUCUCCUUGCGUAUACUUUACUGGGUGCUUUCGUAUUUCUCGCUAUCGAAGGUAGCGCAGCUAAAAUGCAUCAGAAGACACUGGCGACGACGUCAUACCAAGCCAAUGACAAUCCGAAGAUUCCGAUCUCAAAACUCAAUGGCAGUUUGACUCAAGCCAGCGCUGAACUGAGGUCGCAAACUGUGGAAAGCAUUUGGGAAAUAACUGUGUCAUUGAAUAUUUUGUAUAAGGAGAAUUGGACGAGACUCGCUGCUCAAGAAAUAGCGAGGUUUCAAGAAAAGCUGGUGGCCAGGGUCGCUGCUGAUGUGUCGGCGCAGUACGGAGGCGCCAGAGCUUUGGAGGUAGCUCCGGCUCUGGUGGUAGACGACUACGAAUGGAACUUUGCUAAAGCAUUCCUCUACUCACUUACUGUGUUAACUACAAUAGGUUACGGGAGCGUAGCUCCGAAAACCGCUUUGGGGAAAGCAGUCACAAUCGGCUACGCAGUCAUAGGUAUACCUCUCACUCUUCUAUAUCUAUCUGUCGUCGGAGCAUUACUAUCACGUCUAGCAAGAAGCGUGUUCAGCAGAGCAUUAUGCUGCUGUCUCUGCACCAAGUGCGGGUACUGCUGUCUCGAUGAGCGAACUAUGGCGAGCAAAGAAAGAAAAGAGAAAGUAAGAAGACAAGACGACUACAGAACUCAGACAUUGCAACUUCAAGAACCUUACUACGUUCGGUCCCCAUCAGGGACAAUUAUAUCCGCAUCACAAGCGCACAGCGUCAGCACAAAUUCAAUAAAAGACAAAACUCAAGGUCUAAGUUUUCUACGAGACUGUGACUCUUUGAGCUGCACCGACACGGAUUCAAAGGUGUCUCUUCGUGGGUUCUCGAUCCUAGCACCUGUAUCCCUUUGCCUUGCAGCAAUAUUCACGUACAUUUUCUUUGGUGCUCUGGUUCUGUACCAGUUGGAAGGGUGGAGUCCUAUUGAUGGGGUGUACUUCUGCUUCAUGAGCCUGAGUACCAUUGGCUUUGGGCAUCUGGCGCCAGGAGCUACCCAGAAGAACGGCGCGUCGACUGGCACGGUUUGGUUUUGCUCAAUUUACAUCAUGACCGGUCUGGCUUUGACUGCCAUGUGCUUCAACGUGCUGCACGAUGAGAUAGUCCACCGCUUGAGGCAUCAUGAGAAGGUGUUGAAGUCGAAUACUCAGAAGGUGUUGACGUCGGAAUUCCUGCAUCGGUCUUGACGGGACGAUAGUGGGAACUUGACUGACGAUACCAUGAUGAAUUCUGAAGGAGAGUCAUUGCCGGAAGUACUCCAUCAUGUAUCUGUAACCAGGUGUGAUGGAGGUGCAAUCAGGCGGUCAGUUUACACACUCAGAGAAGAAAAGGAACCAGAGCGAUUGACUCCGAUGUAAUUAAAAUAGGACUAGCCAAAGACUCCACACGUUUCCUAACUUUACCUAUACAUUCCAUAAGUCUCACACUAUUAUCUGUAGAAAAAGACUUCGUUCAUAGUUUAUUUGGCGCUGAAAAAUCAUUUUCAGGGUAGGGUCAAGAUAAGUACAAGUUGGUUUGAGUGUUUAUUGUUCAGUACGAGUAUAAUCGGAUAAUUAUAUUUGUUAUUAUCUUUUAUAUAUUUUGGUAAUUCAUAUAUUUUAGUAACGAUAAGUAAAAUGCUCAAAGUUAAUUAAUUUAAACAAUCAGUACUUAGACGAAUUAUUUUUCAGAGUUAUCAAAUAGCAAAGGAAAUACAGUGCGACAUUACUUAUUCGCCAACUUAAUUGACUAAUUUUGUUCAUUUCAAGAAAGAGAAAUCAAAUACUAUUGCUAAUUAAAAAUUAAUUGGGUUUCCAGUGUUAAAAUGAAGUUGGUAUUCUUAAUUAAUUGUUAAUAAUGUACUUAAAAAUUAUUUGGUUAGUAGACAAUAUGAUUUUGGUAACUUUUACGAUAUUUAUUUACUAUAUUAUUAUGUAUGCAUUUGAUGAAGUUUGUAGAAAAUAGGAUAGACAGAGUGUUACAUAACAUCACAUAUGAAACAAAAUGAACUAAUAAGUAAUGAAAUGACUGACCAUAUUUGUUAAUUAUUUUAAUUAGGUAAUUAACGUAAGGAACCCUUAGGAAGAUAUACUUAAUCGGUUUUUGAACCUUAGAUUAACGACAUUAAUGUAGAAUAAUGUAAUUAUUGUAAAUGUAAUUAUUAAUUUGAAUACAUUUUGUACUAUUUUUUUUUCAAAUUAAUGAUUUUUUGUCGGAUUGAGAUUGGAAUAAAAAAGGCAUAAAGGUAGCAGGAAGGCGCUGGAUGCAGGCCGCUACCAACCGGGCGAUAUGGUAAUCGUUGGGGGAGACCAAUGUUCAGCAGUGGACGUCCUGUGACUGAAAUGAUGAUGAUGAUGAUUUUUUAGGUACUGAUUAUGCUGUGUUUGAAACAUAGUAAAUUCAGCCAUAGAUAUGAAUACUAUAAGUAUUUUUUUUAUGAUUUCGUGUUAAGUGCCAAAGUUUAACUAAUGCAUUUUGAAAGUUAUGUAAAACAAGCUGAAAACAAAGACGUGAAAUGAAAUUUAGAUGAAAACAUAUGGCAGAAUGGUCACUCGUUUUUCUUUAGUUUAUGAUCUUAUAUUAAUGUGUAUUUCAAUGGUUUCAAGUUAUCUUCAAAAGUGUAGAAAAAAGAAAUUACAUAUACAUAUGGAGGAUAUUUCACUGAUUUUAUUACUUACCUUCUCUUGAAAUUAAAAUAUCAUUAACGAGUCUUUUGGUUGACCAAAUAAAACGAGUCUACUUUCUUUCGAAAAGUGGCCAACUGCAAUUUAAUUACCGAUAAGUAAUUAAUUAUAACUAACCUUUUUGUAUAAGUAAUGAGAUUAGGACGUUCGGCAAGCCAAAUUUAAAUUAUAUACAAAAUUGUAUGACCUAUGUACGUAUAUGUAUAUCAAGUUGGAAGGUUGUUCAACAACCGCGUAGUUCUUUGUUUUUACAUUUAUUAUAGGUAUGUGUGAACACCAUUUUUUUUGUAAAAUUGUAUGGAAUGUAAAAACUAAUUAUAAUGAUAGAUGAAUAAAGGAUUUU